AUGACAAUUAUCAAUGAUGAUGACGACGACAUAGAGAUUUUGGAAUUUCGCAAGAUAACACAGGACUUGCUAGACAAUCCUGAACCACAAUCACAACUACCUCCAAGCACUUCUAAUCACCAAACUGUAAAAAAACUAUCGGACAUCCAGUGUCCCAUAUGCUUUGAUGAUAUUGAAAAUGCAACAACAACAAGCUGUGGCCACAUCUUUUGUCUAAACUGUAUUGAGCAAAGUCUUAGCAGCUCAAGGGCAAGGACCAACUCCAAUGUAGCCAGAGGUAAAGGCUUAUGUCCGCUUUGUAGAAAAGUGGUUUCAUUUAAAGAAACUAUUGUUUUGAAGCUAAAAACAGCUGACCGAGUAUUCACUCCACCCAAGUGA